GCGAGGCUCGCGGAGGAGCUGGAGGCGCUGCGCGAGGGAUGGCGCCAGGACAGGGGCGGCUGGGAGGCUGCGCAGGCGCGCCACGCGCUGGCCCUCGAGGCGUCGCGGAGCCAGCACGGCCACCUGGCGGAUGCGCAGGGCCAGCUGCAGAGCGACGUGGCGGCCGUGAAGCGCCAGCUGGUGGAGGCCACGCGGGCCCUCCACGAGCUGCGUGGGCAGGCCGGGGCGGAGAGGGAGGACCUC